CAUCAUCAGCUACCUUGUGUUUAUCUUCUUCUUCAUCUGUAAAAUUAGUUAAUCAACGAAAUCUAUCUAAUAAUUCUAUAACAUUUUUUCUUUUUGUAUUAAAAUACUAAUAUUCUUAACUUUAUUAUUAUCAGUUUAUUGUGGGAGAAGACCAUUAUUCUUAAGAAAAUUUGCAGGCUGACUAGCAGUUGUUCAGAAAGACAGCCAGAAGCUGAUAUUCUUUUUCAAGCAUACAAAUUUCAACAUUAUGAAUGAAAAUCAAGUCAUUAUGGCAGCAAAACAAGAAGAAAGAUUCAAGCUUUGUGAUCAAAUGGAAUUGCAAGAAUUUCCAGACAAAUAUUUGAUUAGAUCUGUUGAUAAUUCAUCUCAACAGCAACAAACCUUCUCUGUCGAUCGCUCUGAUGGAAUCAUUCAACCCGGGGAUACUUGUGAUGCAAAUCCUACCAAAGUUUCUACAAUUUAUGGAGUUGUUGGAACGAUUAGACUGCUUGCAGGUACUUAUUUACUUGUAAUAACUUCAAGAAAGGAGGUUGGAACGUAUCUCGGGUUCACGAUUUUCCGAGUAAUGUCUAUGAAGUUUAUGGCUUGCAAUGGGAGUUUAAGUUAUUCAUCCUAUCAAGAAAAAAAGGAUGAGGCUUACUUUAUGAGUUUGUUAAGAACGGUCGAAUCAACUCCCGGGUUGUAUUAUUCAUAUGAAACAGAUUUAACUUUGAACUUACAAAGAACAUACAAGUUGGCCAAAGAGAGGAUAAGGAAACCCCUUUGGAAGCAGGCUGACCCUCGCUUUGUUUGGAACAGAAGUUUGUUGGAAGAUCUUAUCGAGUGUAAGCUUGAUACAUUCGUCAUUCCUUUGGUACAAGGCAGUUUUCAGACAUCACAGUUCACGCUGAAAGACUCUCCUGCCAGAAUUACCUUAAUCUCUAGGAGGUGCACACGUCGUCUAGGAACAAGAAUGUGGAGAAGAGGAGCCAACUUUGAAGGUGAUACUGCUAACUUUAUCGAGACUGAGCAAUUAUUGGAGUUUGGAGGUUUUACGUCAUCAAUUUUGCAGGUACGAGGUUCGAUACCACUUCUUUGGGAGCAAAUUGUUGAUUUGAGCUACAAACCACGAAUUAAAAUUAUUAGUCAUGAAGAAACACCAAAAGCAGUGGAACGCCACUUUAACGACCUUAAGCAAAGAUACGGAGAUGUAGUGGUGCUGGACUUGACUGAUAAACGUGGUGAUGAAGGUCAACUAAGUGCGGCAUUUGCUAGUGAAAUGCAAAAACUUCCACAUAUCAGAUAUGUGUCUUUUGAUUUCCACCACCAUUGUGGGAACUCAAAUCUGGAUAACAUUGAACUUCUGUAUGAUCAAAUCUCCGAGGACAUUGAAAAGCAAGGAUAUUUUCUCGUCGACUCUGAAGGACAAAUAAUAGCAGAGCAGAAUGGAGUUGCUAGAGCUAACUGUAUCGAUUGCAUCGACAGAACGAACGUCACUCAGAGUUUCCUAGCGAGAAAAUCCUUAAAUUUACAACUCCACCGGAUGGGAGCACUUUCUUUCUCUGAGUGCAUAUCCACGUCUGAUGAAAUAUAUGAAAUGUUUAAGAUAUUAUGGGUUGAGCAAGGGGAUGAGAUAAGCCUGGAGUACUGUGGAACUAAUGCACUGAAACGUGAUCUUGUCAGGUUUGGAAAACAGACUCUGGUGGGACUGAUCAAGGAUGGAAUGAGUGCGCUUUCACGUUAUUAUUUGAAUAAUUUUCACGACGGCAUCAAGCAGGAUGCUAUGGAUCUAAUCAGUGGCCGCUAUACUGUCAUAAAGAAUAGUCCUUCACCAUUCCAACUGAAUGGUUUUGAAUCAUUUUCGUAUCUCCCAGUUGCGUCAGCUCUACUAAUUGGGGGCAUUACAGUGACAUCACUCACGUUUAACCAAGUGGGGAGAAAUGUUCAACAUUGUGUGACUACAAUAAUCUGGGCCGGGUUGGCAGCUGGUGCUACGGCAGUCGUGAAAGCCAAUGGAAGGCAGUUCUGUUCACGACCUCGCUUGUGUGGCCUUCUGUAAAAAUUAUUCUUCAACAACUUCAAAAAAGCACAAAACCAAGAAUCAUUUGGAUCAAUGUGUUGAGGUGAGAUACAGGGUGUUCUUUUCCACAUUGAGAGCUUCUGAUGGAAAAAACAUCCUUUUCUGGAAGAAAAAAAGGAUGAUCAACAAAAUUUCCCCGUCGAUCUGAAUUGUAAAUGCCCAGCUGCUAAUAAUGUACCCUUUGCAGUAAGCCAAUUUGUGAAAAGGAAGAAAAAAACUGUCAUGUAUGAACUGCCCUCUUCUAUGUUGCCUCAAAUUUGUGAAUUUGUAAUAUUCUUUACUAGUUUGAUGAUCUCCAAAUACCCAACUUGUCAUGUGAAUUCUUUCCCAAUGUAAUAGUAGGAAAAAGAAUGGGCUGUACAUCA